CGCUUUAGGCCCUCCUCUUAUUUGAACCUAUUCACAACCUCUCUGUCAAAAUGCGUGUACAAGAAGGACACAAGAGCUUCGCCAGUCCUGGGUUCAGUCAUGGGCGAUAAUCAGUUACAGAGCCGUUUCUCUGUGACUGUGAUCUUUCUCAACGAGAGCGACGUAAAGCGAGAUCAACAUCAGGAACUCACGCUUCACGCGCACAGACAGCUGGACGAUGACGUCUCUCUCACCAUUAAUGACGAUGCUGGGGUUUGUGUUUUUAAGUUCUCGAUCACGAGGGAGACCGAGUGUUGUCGGGUGGCCAGCCGCUCGUUCCUCGUCACACUGGGCUAUUUCAGCAUCCUCAUGCGCUUCAACUCUCAGUCAGAGUUUCAGGGCUUCCACAGACUGCUGAGCUCGUGGACGGACCUCAGGACAGACCCGUCUGUGUUUCAGCAGAGGACCGAUGAAUCCUCUGCACUGCAGUACUUCCAGUUUUAUGGCUGUCUGUCCCAGCAGCAGAACAUGCUUCAGGAUUACCUCAGGACCGCAACGUACCAAAAAGCCAUUUUGCUCAAUGAAGUCGACUUCAAAGAUAAAGUGGUUCUCGAUGUGGGCUGUGGGACGGGGAUAUUGUCCUUCUUCGCCGUCCAGGCCGGGGCGAAGAGAGUUUACGCGGUGGAGGCCAGCUCUGUGGCCAAAUAUGCAGAAAUUCUAGUGAAAAGCAAUAGCUUGUCUGACAAAAUCACGGUUCUGUCAGGAAAGAUCGAGGAAGUGUCCUGCCCGGAGAAGGUGGACGUGAUCAUCUCGGAGCCCAUCGGCUACAUGCUCCUCAACGAGAGGAUGCUGGAGAGCUUUCUGCACGCCAAAUACUGGUUAAAACCCAAAGGUAUGAUGUUCCCCACGCAGAGUGACAUUCACCUGGCUCCGUUCACUGACGAACAACUGUACAUGGAGCAUCAUGCCCGCACCAACUUCUGGAAUCAGAGGGGUUUCUAUGGCGUGAACUUGAGCGGCCUUCAUUCUUCUGCGCUGGAUGAGUUCUUCAGACAGCCGAUAGUCGACACAUUUGAUGUGCAGAUUCUCAUGGCCAGGUCUGUGAAAUACACAAUCAACUUUCUGGAGGCAAAAGAGGAAGAUUUACAUCGGUUGGAAAUCCCGUUUGUCUUCAAACUGCUGCAGUCAGGGCUCAUUCAUGGACUUGCUUUUUGGUUCGAUGUGGCCUUUGUUGGUUCAAGAAUGACAGUAUGGCUGUCCACUGCUCCGAAUGAACCUUUGACUCACUGGUAUCAGGUGCGCUGUCUCCUGCAAACCCCCCUGUUUGCCAAAAUGGGACAGACAUUAUCUGGACAAGUUCUUCUAAUAGCCAACAGGAGACAAAGCUAUGACAUUCACAUCACUGCUGUGGUCGAUCAGUCUGGAUUUAAAUCUGGGAACACACUGGAUUUGAAAAAUCCUUUUUUCCGUUACGCCUGAAUCAUCACUCUCAAGACUGCAGGUCUAUCACUCAACAUUGCAAACAUAACAA